CGAGCGAGACAGAUGUGUAUCCGCCAAAUUCGAUGGAAAAAACAAUGAAAAUCACUGAAAACGCCCGCAGAACCCCGUAAAAAUCACUGAAAAAUAGUAAUUAGUGUCGUGCUUCGUGUUAUUUCAUCGUUAGACAACAUCGGAUGAGUAAAAGAGGAUUUUCGUGCCGUAUAUGUUGGGAGAAAGAAAAGCGCAGUCAAUGGGCGAAUAAUAAACAAACAGAAAAAUGGCUCAGAAUGCCCGAAAAAUAAAUGAAAACUUGUGAAAAAGCAAAAGUGAAUACGCGAUAUUGACGUACACACUUGUUAGCAGGAGAAAUUUGAAGAAAUUCCUUAAAAUAGGUGAAUUUAUGCAGCGCCAAAGUGUUGCGUCUCUUUCAUCAAAAGGAAAAUUCUUGCAUAAAUAAAUGAAAUAAAAUUAAAUCAUCUUGGAAAAUGAAAAUUACUCGCAGUAAGCGUUUGUAAAGAGUAAAAAAAUAAUAAUAAUAAAAAUAAAAAGAUGAAAAAUUGUGCAAAAAUUGAAUGAAAUCCAAAUUACUCAUAAGCAUACAAAGAAAAAAAGUUGCACAAAAAGAGAGAGAGCAAAAAAAAUAUAAAUAUAUAAUAUUGAGGUGUGACAAGUGUUUUGUGCUUACUUUUCAUUCUACUUUACUAUCACAACAAUAUUAUUAAUUGUCGGUUUCAUUGAUAUUAUCAAGUAUUCAAGUGUUUAUCUAAAUAAAUAUUUAAUAUAAUAAAGAAACAAAAAUGGAUCGUAAGACGGAAAAAUCAUCGGGAACGAGUAAACCGGUUCCUAUGAAGUUAUUUGCAGCUUGGGAAGUUGAUCGAACACCGCCCAAUUGCGUUCCAAGACUAUGUUCCUUAAAAAUUACUCGAUUAUCAUUAAUGACGCCAUUGCCGCCUGAUUUGACGUCACUUUCGUUAGCUGUUAAAAUGCAAAGCUCAAAACGUACUUUACGAUCACACGAGAUUCCCGUGCCACAAAUUAUCACGCCGCAAGGAGGAGGAGGAAAUUUCGCUGGCUUACAGCAGCAACAGCAGCAGGUUCUGCAAUCAAAUGGCAUUGGAGCUGAGUUACGGAGUCCCCCAUUUUUCGAGACAGAUUUAGAUCUGCAUUUUAGUUUACAGUAUCCGCAUUUCUUGAAGAGAGACGGAAACAGGUUACUAAUACUAUUACAACGACGCAAAAAAUACAAGUCGAGGACAAUAUUAGGCUAUAAGACAUUAGCAGAAGGUGUGAUACGAAUGGAUUACGUUUUGCAAAAAUCUGUAGACAUGACAGUUGAAUUAAUAGCUUCUGGCAAAGCAGGUCGACAAGGAUUAAGUUUGGCGACAGUUCGAGCAACACAAGUUUCAUCUAUUCCCGUUGAUGCUGACAAUAAAAAUAAUAACAGUGUUGUAGUUGCUCUUCAAAAUGAUUAUUCUGACGAGGAUGAAGAACCAGAUUUUAGCUCAAAUGAAGAUAAUGACGAUCGUUUGGAUCGUUACAAACGUUCAUACAACGGAAAAAGGUCAAAUUACUGUAAAAUGGGGUUGUCACAGGGAGAUGGCGACGCAGAUGAUGGAAAUUUAGCCAAAAACGAAGGAGACAGUGACAGUGAACUUGAUAAUUUUGGAAGUGAACGUAAGAAAGGAGGACGUGCGAAAUUCAAUCGACGAAAUUUCAAACAAAAGAUAGUUGCUCUCCUUAAACGUUUCAAAGUUCCUGAUGAAUUGGAAGGCGAUACAGGAGGCAGAGGGCAUGCGACACUCGGAGGCGAAAGAGAUCUUGAUGCACUCUUUCAGGAAUUAGAAUCCUUAUCGUGUGGCGAAGAAUCGGGACAAGAUAUCGACAGCAUAUCUAUUGGAUCAACGCCAAAACCAUCUCUUCGACCAUUCUUUACGUCAUCCCGACAAGUUUUGCAUGACAAUACAGCAGAAGUUUGGGAACGAAAUGCAUACAAUGACUUUAUACAAAAAGAGUACAAUCCAAACAAAUGGGAUUAUUCUGGAACAAUUAACAAUCAGAUUACGUCAAACGAUAUUAAUGCGAUUAAUAAUAAAAAAUCAUCGCCUGUUAGCUUAGAUCGAAGCGGCGAAUGGAAAAACGACAGCUCCGGAAACGAAGGAGCUCCUUCAACAGAUCCUGACAUUCCAAAUGCUACACAACAAUCGGAACAAAUUGCUGCAAGUCCUCCGAAAGAUAGUAAAGAAGGCGGCGGAGAUCGUCGAUCUCGUCUUUUCCGUACUUCAAGCAGUACGCCGAGCAACAAGAAAAAGCAAUCACUUAGUUUUAGUAUAUCCAGCAAUGAUCAACAACAGACAUUGCAACAACAAAUCUCAUCAGCAUCAUCACAAUUUCCGCAAAUGAAAUCUAACGCAAUGUUAGAUGCAUGUCUUUCACCCACAAAUGUUGAACCGCGAAAAACUUUAUUGGAUCAGCUUGCGAAAAUAUUUAAUAUGGAAAUUAGCAUAUUACCUGAUGUCGUUGUGCUUGUAGGUCCUCAAGAAGCGCAUGGAGGAGGAAUUUUGUCUCCAAAAGUGAGUGAACUACUGUCACGAACAUUCAAAGUUACAUUUUCUCCUCAAAACACGGCGGAGAUUAAAGCUAUUUUGACUGCAUUGAUGAAUAAGAUUCAAAAAUACUGUAAUUCAAACGCAAAACCGCCAAAUACAAUAAAAGUCGUGUUAGUUGGCGGAGACUGGUUACAAGGUGCUGUUUUACGACAUUACGUUGAUCUCUUGGGUGUGAGACCUCCAGAUUGGGCAAAUCAUAUUCGUUAUUAUAUAGUUCCUAUAGGAUCUUGUGCUAUCGCACGAUAUUUAAGUUCAAUUGACACAACAUACGGUUCCUUAUUUGGUACGGAAGUUUGGCAACAACUGUGCGAGCGAAUCGCAACUUUGGAUGCGACAGAUACCAAAAACGACGGAAUUGAAAUAACGAAUCGUUUGCAUAAAUAUAUUUACUGUAGCGGGCCAUGUACGCAAGUGCCAAUCGCUGAAGCCAUGGUUAAUUAUAAGGAUGAAGAUUCGUGCCAAAUAUUUGUACCAUUUAUAAGUGAUGUUAAAUUGACAUGCAUUGAUCCGAAUGUUUUGUCAUUGGAUAUGGAUGAGUCUCUAUCAACGAGUAUUUCGCAAACGGGAACACAAACUGCUUCCGGAAGUCCUCCACAAAGCGGGCGAAAUUCUCCUCCAAUGCCAAGUACGCCAUCAUCUGCAAAUAAUACACAAGAAGCUGUUGAAUUACAAAUCGAUUAUUGGCCAAUUGCGAGACCUAUUAUUGAAGGGCGUGAAAAGGGUCAAACGAAAGACAAGGAUCAAGGCAAAAAUAGUAUAAAAAGUACUUUUAGAAAUUUACAGGUAUGGCGUUUACCGCCAUAUCCGUUGACAGGAGAGAUAUCAAGUGGACUCACGCUGAGCUAUUCAACCAAAGAAAAGAAACAGAAGAUAAUGCGUUUGGGCAAAAAGAAGGAAAAAGAUCGUGAUAUGGAAAAGGAACAACUUGUUGAUGGAGUUGCAAGGUUAAUUUGUUCACCAAAGUCACAUCAAGCGCCGUUAAGAGUCUAUAUCGAUGGCACUGAAUGGACAGGCGUUAAAUUCUUUCAACUUUCAUCUCAAUGGCAAACACACGUGAGAAAUUUCCCGAUUGCUCUAAUAGGCACAGCUACAACAAUGGUAGAAGAGUAAAAACGUUUCAGAACUGAAUUGUAUAAUUUAAUUAUGAAAAAAUAAUUUAUAAGCAAAAUUCAAAACUAGUCAUCCCAAUUUAUAUUAUAUUAAAAUAGAAAUUUUCCAUUCGCUUUUUUUGUCUUAUCAUUAAUUUUAGUAAUCUGUAUAAAUGCAAAUUGUAACGUAAA